AUGCCGCUGCAUCUACUGGGCAAAAAGUCAUGGAACGUCUACAAUGCCGACAACAUCGCCCGCGUCAAGGCCGACGAGGCCGCCGCUGCCGCCCGUGAAGCUGCCGAUGAGCAGCGCAUGCAAGAGCUCGAUGCUGAACGGCGCGCCGCUAUCCUGCGAGGCCAAACCCCCCCGCCAUUGCCAGAGAACGUGCCCCAAGAUGGAAAGGCGCCCAGAAACAAAGAUGAUCGCGGGCAUCAGAGAAAGAGGAGGAAGCUUGCCGGCGAGGAUGACACCGACAUGGACAUACGCCUGGCCAAGUCCAUGACAGCUUCUGGGGGCGACGACAGUGAUGCCAAAGUCCUGAAACUACGGAACACGGCCAUCGAUGCUCCUCUGCAAGACCAUGCCGGGAACAUCGACCUGUUUCCCGUUGACAUGAAGGAAGCCGUCAAGCGCGAGAAAAACGCCGAGGCAGAAAAGGAAAAGCGGAAGAAAGAAAAGGCGUUUGAGGACCAGUACACGAUGCGCUUCUCCAACGCUGGAGGAAGAGGGGGGCUAGACCAGCCCUGGUAUGUCGCCCAACAGAAGCCCUCGCGCGACAACGGAAAGGACCACGACCCAGCAGCAGACGAGGGCUUUGUAAACAAAGAUGUCUGGGGAAACGAAGAUCCGCGACGCAAGGAACGAGAACAGGCACGAAUAACGUCCAACGAUCCUUUCGCCCUCAUGCAGCAGGCUCAGGCCCAGCUGAAAAAGUCCAAGCGCGACAAAAAACUGUGGGCUGAGGAGCGUGAUCGCGAAUUGCGCGAACUGCGGAAUACACAGGAGCAAGAAGAUGGGCGGAGCAGACAUCACAAGAGGAAAAGGCGAGACCACCAUGAUGACAAGGACGAUAUUGCUACAUCAUCACGGCACAGGCAUCAUCGUAGGAGCCGAAGUCGUAGCCGGGACAGACAUGAACACAGGUCUUCGCGCCACAGUGACAAACGGCGAAGUCGCAGUCGAAGCAAGGACCGUGACCGCGACCGCCAUAGGCAUAGAGAUCGACAUGAGCGGCGUCACAGGUCCAAGUCGAGAUGAUUUCAGACUAUACAGGAGCACAUGACAAGUCCUUAUUCUUUCAUCUCAAUCAAAUAUGUUUCUACCUUGCGAGGUCAAAAUGGCUCGCCAAAUCGAGAAGAUCACGAUCCUUGAUUAGCAUCACUUUGCAUAAUCCGCCACUGCGCAUGAAAUCACCCUAGGAUGAACCUGUACCCAGUAGAAACUAACCCAGGCAAUACAAUACUCGACUCUGAGAAAUUUCCACACCAUAUAUUGUUUUCCAACCAUUCAUUAUCAACA